AUGGCUUCUACUUCUUCUGCAUCAUCCACAUGUAGUAGCAUCAGCACUGAAAGUACCCCACCUUUCUACUUCGACGAGAAGUGGAAGUUGUCAAAGAAAGAAGGGUCAUCAAGGAGCAGUUCCUCAAGUACCCCUCUUAUGAAGAAUUCAACUCAGAAAAGGUGUGCUUUUGGUAGAAAGUGUGCUAGGCUUGUGAAGGAGCAAAGGGCUCGUUUCUACAUCAUGAGGCGCUGUGUCGUAAUGCUCAUAUGUUGGCGUGAGUAUAGUGAUUCAUAA